GUUCCUGGUAGCCAUCUUGGAUGUGCGGAGUGAUUGUUUAGCGAGAGGAAUUGUGGAAAUUUUUAGAAAAUACCCCUUUAUACUGAAUCGUUGAAGAUUUACCGGUGUGGGGCGACAGAGGAAAGAAAUCGUAACCCGGAAAAAUCCAGUGAAAGAAGGCAUGAAGACAUCAUCCUAGUCAUCAGUCAUGGCCGAUAAAAGGAAACUUCAAGGUGAAAUAGAUCGAUGUCUGAAAAAAGUAGCGGAGGGCGUGGAGCAGUUUGAAGACAUCUGGCAAAAGCUUCACAAUGCAGCAAACGCGAACCAGAAGGAGAAAUAUGAAGCAGACCUCAAGAAAGAGAUUAAAAAGCUACAGCGUCUUCGAGACCAGAUCAAGACGUGGGUGGCAUCCAACGAGAUCAAAGACAAAAGGCAGCUAGUAGAGAACCGCAAACUCAUAGAGACGCAAAUGGAGCGGUUCAAGAUAGUGGAAAGAGAAACCAAGACGAAAGCUUACUCAAAAGAAGGCUUGGGUCUGGCACAGAAGGUGGACCCGGCCCAGAGGGAGAAGGAGGAGGUCGGGACGUGGCUAACAAAUACGAUAGACACGUUAAACAUGCAGGUGGACCAGUUUGAGAGUGAAGUGGAGUCUCUGUCGGUCCAGACAAGGAAAAAGAAAGGAGACAAGGAGAAGCAAGACCGGAUCGAGGAGCUGAAGAAGUUCAUUGAGAAGCAUCGAUACCACAUCCGGAUGCUGGAGACGAUACUGAGGAUGCUGGACAACGACUCGGUGCAGGUGGAAGCCAUCAGGAAGAUCAAGGACGACGUGGAGUACUAUCUAGAUUCGUCGCAGGAUCCAGACUUCGAGGAGAAUGAGUUUCUAUACGACGACCUGGAUCUGGAGGACAUCCCUCAGUCGCUGGUCGCCACCUCCCCGCCGGGACACUCGCACUUGGAGGACGAGAUCUUCCAGCACUCCAGCAGCACACCCACCUCCACCACCUCAUCUUCACCCAUCCCCCCCUCACCUGCCACUUGCACUACGGAGAAUUCAGAGGAUGAUAAGAAGAGAGGACGUUCAACGGACAGUGAAGUUAGUCAGUCACCUGUGAAGAACGGAAACCCCUCUUCCUCGUUAUCCUCUUCGUCCUCCUCCUCCUCUUCUUCCUCCGUCUCAGGACUGACCUCAUCCUCACUGGUCUCUAUGGCGACCAUCGCUGGGGGAGGAAGCAGCGGCUCUGGGGGCAACAGUUAUCACGGCAACUCGGGGGGUCUCCUCUCCAACACUUCCGCUGGCAGCUACAGCAGCGCCACUCAGCAGCAGCUGCACUCAUCAGCACAGCAACAGCAGGCCAAAAACUCAGUUAGCCCCUCCUCCUCAGCUCCUAUCACCAACUCUAGCACCUCCACCAACAGCCACCCCGCCUCCUCGGCCUCCUCUCCCCCCAACGCCAGCACACAGGGGCUCCUAACUUCGAAUUCCCAGCCCCAAGCCCCGUCGGGGCCCACGCCGCCCUCCAACAGCUUCGGCCUCGGUCUGGGCCUCGGUCUGGGGAAAGGCGGCAUGUCCGGGUCCAUCACCACCAGCCCGAUGUCCGGGGGCCUCGGUUUGUCAGGGAUGCCGGCAUCCUUGAGCACCAUGGCGGGCCUUCUGUCCAGCUCCACCCCAGCACCCUAUGCUCAGGCAGCUGCUUCGGGCACGGUCAGCUCUGGCUUACCGGGCUCUCUGGGAGGCGUCAGCACCUCGACAACGAACAGCACGGUGGGUCCCAUCGGCAGUGGAAGUAUCACAGUCGGCGGGCCGACAUCUUCGGCGGGAGGUCUGCUGGGCACGGCGGCGGGAGGGAGCAGCGUGGGCUCUGGGAUUCUGGGUUUGGGCUCCAGCCCGUCGGGGGUGCAGGGGUCCUCUCUGGUGUCACUGAGCCCGGUUGGAGGCCUUGCUCCAGGUAGCGGAGUAGGAGUCAUCGGUAGCAACGGAGGCAGCUCGGGAUCGGCAGGGAGCGGAGUGAUGGGAGGAAACUCGUCGCUCUCUGUCAGACCGCCAAGUCGACAGAAGCAGAACGGUAGCACCAGUUACAGUGCUGUGGUAGCAGACAGCACAACAGAGUCCGCCCUCAACAGUGCCAGCCAAUCACAAAGCAGCCAACCCUCGUCUUUGACCUCCACAGCCAAUCAGCCUAAGGACACUGGUCCCAGUUUACCUGGCUCUAUGAGUUUGUCGUCCAGCUCUCCGUCGCCAGCCUCCUACAGCGAGGCCAAAACGGCGAGUGUCGGCAGCCUUCUGAACGGGCCGCUGUCCUACUCACAGUCCUCCGAUAGCAUCAAGCCCCAGGAGCCUCUGAGCAGCCUGAAGUCCAUGGCCGAGCGAGCAGCACUCAGCUCAGGGAUGGAGGGAGACGUGCCUUCCCUGCACCUCACCCCAGACAUCUUCCCCAGCAGCACUACGGCCCCCUCGGGGCCCCCGUCAGCACCUCAGCCCUCACUGUCAGAGGUCAGCAUCCCCCCGUCACUGGGGGUCUGCCCACUGGGGCCCGUUCCCCUGUCCAAAGACCAGCUCUACCAACAGGCCAUGGAGGAGGCGGCGUGGACGCACAUGCCCCACCCGUCCGACUCCGAGAGGAUCAGGCAGUACCUGAUGAGGAACCCGUGCCCCACCCUGCCUUUCCACCACCAGGUGCCACCGCCCCACUCCGACACUGUAGAGUUUUACCAGCGGCUCUCCACAGAAACCCUCUUCUUCAUCUUCUACUACCUGGAGGGCACUAAGGCCCAGUAUCUGGCAGCCAAAGCCCUGAAGAAGCAGUCGUGGAGGUUCCACACAAAGUACAUGAUGUGGUUUCAGAGGCACGAAGAACCCAAGACCAUCACUGAUGAGUUUGAGCAGGGAACGUACAUUUACUUCGACUAUGAGAAAUGGGGCCAGCGGAAGAAGGAAGGUUUCACGUUUGAGUACCGGUACCUAGAAGACCGAGACCUCCAGUGACCUGCAGAGAGAAACCUGGACAGACGGACGGACGGACGGCUGAGAAAGUGAGAGAGGGACGGGUGGACGGAGAAAAACCAUGCACCAUGAAUAAUUGAAGGAGGAAGGGCAGUCCACCUGCUGACAUUCCUGUAUUUGACCUCAGCUCGUUGGGGGAAAGGAGACGUUUGGGCCAGAGGGGGGGAAGACACAUUUGGAACCCCUCCCUCCCUCUGACCCUCCAACCGCGCCUCAUCAUCCUCAGUGAUUAACUCCUCCCACCCUGUCCUCCUUCUUCCUCCUCCUCCUCCUCCUCCUCCUCUCCACCACCUCCAUCAUCAGGCCUUUAUUUUCCUUCUUUUCCUGAACUGGAACUUUCUCUAAAACAACUCGAAAGACUUUGGUUUGUUUUGGCAGAUAAGAAAAUCACACCUAAUAUCCAGACUAUCCUGUGCUUUUCCCUCUCUCUGUUAUCCUGUUGUGUUGGCUUUAAGAGCUGUUGCUUAUAUUAGCCCCUUAAGAACCAAAGAUAAUUGGUUAAACGUACAGUACAGGCUCCGCCUCCCUUCCAAACUGACUAAACCUAAAGAGGGAGGUAGCGUAGAGGCUCCGGACCACAACCGUAAAUCUGUGCUGCAGCAUCUCUCAGACUGUGGGCGCGGAGUGGUGCAGCAGCAGGGCAGCAACCGGGGGGAAAAAGUGACUUUAGUUUUAUAAAUCAAGUGAGAAGUGAGGACGAGGGAGGACACGGUCGGAGGGGACGUGAACUGACAUGAGAUCAGUCGGCUCUUUUGUGCCACAGGAACUUAAUGACCCAUAACCUGAACUUCUGAGAACCCGUAAUGUGUAGGUUUUGAAUAUACACUCAGUUGCCGGUUUAUUAGGUACGCCGCAGUCAGUUUUUCUGUUGUGUUGUGUUGGAUUACAUUAGGUUGCACUGCUGAACUGAAUCUGCUGAGUGUAUGUAACACACAUUAGAUACAUGAAUCAGCUGUAUGCUGAAACUUACCUGCAGCACUUACCUGGACACGUCCACCGCUGUUGAUUACCACAUUUGCUGUGUUACAAACCAGCUGCUGCGUUCCCUCCUGAGCUGGAAGAACAGGAAGUAGAACCUGUGAAGGGCACAUCUAAAAGUUGCGGGUCAAUAAGAUCUUGUAGUGGAAAAGGGCCAAAUGUUUAUGAACAGUUUUCGUCUAUAAUCGUCCAAAAACUGAACGUAAUUUGGCGCGAGACGAGGUCAUGACCGUGACCGGCCUUCGUUCUGACAUCCCUGGUAAACGUUGGCCGGUAAAUGUGAAACAGAAGCUAAAUAACAUCGUGUUCCUGCCCUGCUGCUGCUACGACGAGGGGUUGUGGAGCGUCGUCGCUUCAGCACUGAUGCGCCUUACAAACUGACCUUUCAGCCGGUGAACCUGCCUCUGGCGCGCGGUGACUCUGCCUUCACCUAACCCGACUGCCGUAGACCGAACGCCAACCUCACCGCCGGUUCCCCCCGGGGUGGAAAAUAAACACAACCACCAACCAGAUGUGGCUAAAUGUUGGUGGUGGGUGGCACCGCAGGCCUCUCUCACACUUAAUUAUCUUUCAGAGGCCCUGUUGUUUUAUUCUUGUGAAGUGGUAAAAGCGGCUGGUUCAUUUUAUGAAUCCGCCGGCCGCUGUGGUCUAAAAAUAUCCUGCCCUGCCUACUCCCAUCUAACCACAGUGGAGGAGUGUGACAACACAGCCAGUGAGGUGUUGGUAGUAACUGGCUUUUACCUGGUGGGCAGUGUUAUGUCACAGUUUGCUUUUGAAAGAGUUUUAGAGGAAAACUAGAACAUAUUUCAGAAUUAAACUUAAACAGCAGCAGAAACCAACAGAAACCGUGUCCACGUUACUGUGGACAAACCCACAGGCCUCUGUGUUUAACCGUUUUCGAUUUUAAUUUUUAAAGGAGCACAAACUAAAUUCCUGCAACCCAAAUUUCUGAACCUCCAGAAAUCCAGCGGAUCGAUCGAAGGCUGCGUCGCUGACCAUUCGGGCAAUUAAUCAAACUUUGUUACCAAUAAUUCAGCGUUGUUUGUAGAAGACCGCCUCACGCUGGUCCUCUCUCCAAUCAGAAUUUACACCUGAUGUUGUCUCAUUCUUGAACGUAAACCAGCCCCCACUUUUUCAAACUGUCGUCAGGCAAAUUGGCAAAAAUAUCGUCCUCAUUAAAACUCGUCUUCUUGCUGCCGAGAUGCCGUCGUUGGCGGCUCCACGAAUGUCUCAAAAGCCGGACAAUGAAAACAAAAUCUGCUCGACUCAAUGCCUCCAGAGGUAGAAGAGAAAAUGUGAGGAACUGAUCCUUUAACAGAUAGAGCUCCAGCAGUGAUCAGUGUGAGCGCCGUGGGUGUUGGAUGCUACCAGCAGCUGGAUGGACAGUUUGUUAGUCUGCCUCCCCCUCCUCUUCCUCUUCCUCCUCCUCCUCCUCCUCCUCCCUGUGCUGAAGAGCACAAACAGAGCAACACCAGCACUGCUGCCCACAUCUCCUCUGUCCUCCAGCUCCAUGUUUACACUCUGCAGGGUUCGACCGAGCCGACUGGGCCCACAAUAAACAAACACUGCCCAGUUCUUACAAUCGACAAGUCAUGGUUUUAGCUUUUUCCUCACCCUGCUGCCAAAAUACUGCGGCUUAUUUAGUCUUCUUUUGUUUUUGUUUUUCUUUUUUUUUUAAUGCUCAGAUUUUGAUUCAGUUCUCUCACCCUCCUCCUCUCUCUCAGCCGGCCAGCUCCCCCUCUCCUCCCCUCCCCUCCUCUCCCAUCCUCUCCUCUCCUCUCUUCACGCCAGGUAGAUAUUUCCUUUGUUUCUCAGGAAGUAUUUGAUAGAUCAUUUUAUGAGGAAAUGUAUCCGCCAGCAGCUCCCGUCGCCACAGCACAACAACAGCUAAAUAAUCUUCUCUGACAGAUUCGUACCAAAAUUUUAAUUUUUGUCAGUCAUUUGGGAAUCUCACGAGCAUUUUCCCCCUCUCUGUACUCGCCACUGGCUCUUUUCAUUUCACAAAAGGCUUUUUUUAAAAAAACAAAAACAAAAAACAAAUAUUAUCCUCCAAUGUUUGGAGCAGCACCUGGAAGAGAGACCAUCUUUAUAUUUUGUAUUUUUUGGAUUAACUGUGGUAGUUUGUAUAUUUUUUUUUCUUUUCGUCAGAGAUGGGGAAAGCAUUUUAAAAGCCAGAGGAGAACGAGGACCCCCCUGUUCUUUUUAAAGAUCUUCUCAACAGGAGCGUGGUGUGUUUUUAUAGCCAAACAGACAGACAACUCUACAGCUAUUCACCUGACUGACAGUCCUGCUUUUAACCUUUUGUUUACUGAUUUUUUUUUUGUUUGUUUGUUUUUUUUUUUGACAAGUGGAAGGGAUGAGAGGUCAAUCCGAGAGCCGAAAUGUGAAUCUCUCUCUGCCCCUUGACAAAAGUGUUGUAUAGACUCUCAUUCUUCAAAGCUCUCCUUUGUUUUGUUUUGUUUUGUUUUUUUGUUUUGUUUUUGUUUGUUGUCGUCAGACAGCAUGGAAAAAUGACACUUGGAAAGUGGCGCUGAAAAAGUAAAUAAUGAAAUAACCAUGAAUAAAGGAUUGUAAAAUAUUAAA